AUGGGCUCAACCACUAUCCUCCGCGGCUUCAAGAUCUCUGCCGCCGUCCUCGAUACCUUCCUCGCCGCCAACAAUGUUUACGAGACAUACGGCACGCCACCCUUCUACAAGGACCAUCCGGAUGAUGACCGCAUCUCAGUAUUGCUACACGCCAAAAUUGCAAAAGAAGACAAGGAUGCAGAUAAGAACAAGUUCCGCGUCAUGAUCCCCUCCUUACGAGGGUCUGCGCGCUCCGAAGUCGCCUACGUCACAUACACUUGGGUCACCGUCCUCGCUCACCGCGAGCUGGCUAUGGACGAGGAUUUGCCAGCCAAGGUCCCCCUUGGAUUUGAGGGACUCAGACAAGAAAUCCUCUCCUUCCGCGAUACCGUCCCCGACGGACACCAGAUCCUUGAUGAGGGGCACAUGGGGCUUUACGUGGUCUACACGCACGACAUCCGGGGCCUGUAUAUGCCCCAGGAGUUGCUCGACCGCGACAAGGUUCCCCAGCACUGCGACCGGUGUGAUGCAGCUUUCUUUAACGAACCAAAUUCGAACUCGGCGUUUUCAAAGAGACAGUUGCACCGCCGAGAUGUUCAUGGCUGCAGGGAAGACAUCGAUCCACUUCCGAACGCGUGA